AGUUGGUGUAUGUCGCAAAAUAAGAAAGAAGUUGACUAUUUUAAAAGUUAAAUGACUUCUAAAGAUCCACGUGAGCCAUACGAUUGGUGUUAUUAUUGGAAUAAUCAGCAAGAAUAUCCUCAAGCACAUUCUAAACAAAAAUGUCCUAAUCGAGAUCCUUAUGGAGAGCACAAAUUAGAAGCUAAGUUGGUGGAUUUUGAAAAAUUUAAUACUCCUGGACAUUAUCGAGAUUAUAUUAACAAUCCUAAAGACCAAAAUCCUUCAGCAUCUGUACAUGAAAACAUGCGAUGGAAAUGCAACGUGAUAAGGAAUUGUUCAAAGCCAAUUGAUAUUUAUACAAAUCAUGGAAGAAAUAAUUAUUUUAAUUUUAAACUUCACUCAAGAAAUAUGUAAU